AUGGAUAACAAUUCUGCGGCGAUGAACGCUAGCCACCCAGAAGUGCACAUAGGGAGCCCGCUGGCGAUUGCGUGUGGCUGCGUGCUCCUAGUCGUGUGGCUGGCAUCUCUUAUGCUAUGUUCGGCGGUGUUGCUCGGUCUGUGGCGGACCCGGCAGCUUGGGGCUCCCGUCAACCACCUCGUCGCCUUCCUACUCGUAAAUGAACUAUUCGUCAGGUUGCUGGGCUCACCGCUCAUUCUGAUGUCCAUGUUCGCGCGUCGUUGGCUGUUUGGUGAUGCCGGGUGUGUUUUCUACGCGUUCUGGAUGACCUUGCUCGGCGUGACGUCCAUCUCAAUAUUCACCGCCAUCGCCAUAUUCCGAUACAUUAUCGUGUGUCGAUCGCGGUUCAGCUCCCGUCUCACGCCCGCUUUGUGCAACCUUGUCGGGGGUGGUUGCUUCCUGCACGGGCUGGUGUGGGCGGUCGUGCCGCUCACUAGGAUCGGACACACGGGAUAUGUGUACGAGCCGUCGGGUCUGUCUUGCACGCCCGACUGGGACCCGCAAAACGUUGGCUACAUUUCCGGCCUGUUCACAGCCUCAUUCUUCCUUCCUGUCUCAAUAGCCUCAUUGUCCUUUGUACAGAUCAAACGAAAGGCCCAUCGUCACCGGCUGCGGCCCACAGCAUCGGCCCGGUACAUCCAGAUGGAACACGACCUCACCGUCCUCUGCGUCAUCACCAUGGCAAUGUUCCUGUUCUCCUGGACACCAUAUGCGGUAAUAGCGUACCUCCAUACUCUGGGAAUUGCUAGCGGAAUUGUCACCCCUGAACUCUCGCUUGUCCCCCUUGUCUGUGCAAAGACAGCUGGAUUUUGGAAUCCGGUGAUUUUUAGUCUGAAGAACAGACCAGUGAAAGAAUACAUUGGGACCAAUAUAUCAGAUGCUUUUACAAGAUUGAGGUCUGCCUUGCGGUGUGGGCGCAAGAACUUCGUUGGUAUACGGCAUUCGAGAGGCAGGAAACCCGAUGUUAAUAUUCCAGAAAAUCCCGAAGAGGACCGUUUCAGAACAACACGGGUCGAAGGAGCCGGUUUAAGGGUCGUCGAGGAGUCGAACGUCUAAUGACCGUAUAGCCAGAACACGUCUAAUGGCCGUAAAGCC